AUGCAUUUCUUUCCUUUCGAGCAGCAAAGAACGGAACUUUCUGGCGUUUGCGUCGACCGACCAACAAAUAAAAGACGCAAGAGUAAAAGGGAUUUACCAAAGCUCGUGAAAGACGUGGCCGCAGAUGGAGACCGAUUGGAGGUCCUCGCUAAUAGGGUUGAGAGGCUCGUGGCAGAUCGAGCAAAUGGUGCCCGCAAAAUGGCCGCCGUCCACCAUCCCGUGCGGUUGGUCGGGAAAGGGAAGGAGAGUGGGCGGCUAGCUCGCGGUGGUCGAACCGGUUUGCAAAAAAUAUGGGGAAAGCUGAUGUUGAUGGUGAAUGGGGAGGGUGAAGUGGAGGUGCGCAAUGAUAGGGUGAGGUAA